UGGCUCGGCGCCAGCAUCAUGAGGACCUUGCUGGUGCUGUCCGCCGCGUUUGCGGUGUCAGUGGCAGCGACUUCACUGCACUGCGCCUUUGUUAUCAACGGGGACUGCGUUAGUUCGGCGCGCUCGCGGGUGCCCCGGCAGGCGGUGCCACCUCCGACCAACCAGCAGUUUCAGGCGUGGCUGGCCGCUGCCCAGCUGAGCGGCUUCCCUGGUGGUCUGCCGGCGCUGCCAGCCGCUCCGGCUCAGCCGGCCGCUGUCACAACAGCCAAGCCGACCGUGGCCCCUCCGCCGCCGCCGCCGGUCGCUACCCCGGCGCCGCAGCCGGCCGCUGCCCUGCCGCAGCAGCCGCCGGCCUUCUUUUCGCCGCAGUUUUUCGCGCAGCAGCUCGCUGCUCUCGGCCAGAGGAGUGCUCUGCCCCAGCCGGCGGCCCCAGUAGCCCCCGUGCCCGUCCAGCCGACUCCCGCGCCCACUCCGGCUCCGACCCCGGCUCCGGCCGCACCGGCUCCGGCCCAGCUGCCAGCCUUCCCGGGCCUGUUCCCGGGCCUCUCUCAAGGAGGCUUGGCUCCCAAUGCCUUCCAGGGUCUGCAGCAGCUGUUUCCGGCGUUGGCGGGUGCCCUGCCUGCCUCGUUAGCUGCCGCGGCCACGACCACCACGCCGCCGCCAACGACCACCCAGUCGCUCCUGGACGCCGAGGCUCGCGCCAACCUCGUGCUAACUCCGGACGAGGCCUUCCAGGCGGCCUACAACGCUGAGAUCGCGGCCGAGCCGGCCACGGCGGCCUCCAUCCGCUCUGCGGUGGUGCAGGCCGCUCCGAGCACCGUCACCAAGCCGCCGCCCACCGUGCCGCCGACGACCACCACGCCGGCGCCGCCGCCUUCCGGACCCACCGCCUUCCCAGCGUCGGCGUUCGGCGACUGGCUGAAGCAGGGCGCGCAAACGGGCAUCUGGGGACCGUGGCCGCCGAGCACGACCCCGGAGCCGCCGGUGGUCACUACCCCGGCGCCCAGCCCGAGCCCCAGCCCGGCUCCGGCGGCGGCUGCCGCCCCUCAGCAGCCCGCGGCAGCCGCACCCGAUCAGGCGUACCAGCUGGCGGCGCAGCAGGCCUACCAGCUAGCCGCCGCGCAGGCCUAUCAGCAGCAGCAGCUGGCCGCGUACCAGCAGGCUUACCAGCAGCGGUUGGCCGCGCAGCGCCCAGCUACCACCGCCGCGCCAACGACUGCCGCACCAACGACCGCUGCGCCAACCACCGCCGCACCGACAACAGCCGCACCCGCCGCGCAGCCGGCCAACGCGCAGGCUCUCCAGCUGGCCUAUCAGCAGGCGUACCAGCAGCAGCUGGCAGCCCACCAGCGCGCUCAGCUGGCCUCGGCUCAGCCGGCGGCCACAGCACAGCAGGCGCCGGCUGCACAGCAGGCCGCGCAGCCGGCCGCGCAGGCUCCGCAGCUGACCGCUCAGCAGGAGGCAUACCAGCGCGCCUACCAGCAGCAGCUGGCCGCCCAGCAGCAGGCGUACCAGCAGAAACUGGCGUCCCAGCUCGCCACCUCGAAGGAGGCGUCUCAAGCUCAGCAGCAGCUGGGCACGCAGCAGAUCAAGCAGCAAUCGCAGGUGCCCUCCCAGUACCAGCAGUACUACUCUCAGCAGCAGUAUCAGCAGCCGCAGCAGCAGCAGCAGCAGACUCAACAGCAGGGCACGCAGCAGUAUCAGUACCCAACACACAGCAACUUUUACAGCUACUAGAGUGCCGGCGGCUUCCGCCUAGUCUGUCACUGAUAUGUCCGACCAGGCGAUUGUGAUUGUGGUUGUAUCAAAGUAUGUGUGAGGAUGUGUGCUUACGCAUGCAUGUAUUUACGUGUAUAUGCACAUGCGAUACGCGGAUAUGAACAGGGCGGCGCCUUUGUGUGUUGUGACGUCAUUAUUAGCCUUGACGUCACCAGCAUUCCAACGCGCCGAACUGGCUGCUGUUGACACUUAUUUACGCUGGGACGCUCAUAGGCUAUUCCCAUGGCAUUUCGUUGUUUUCAGGUCAUAUACGUGUGUUUUUCAUCAAUGUCAUUUAUGUUGUUAAUGUAUUUAUAAAGAUGUGUGGAAUAAAAUCGCAGUUUUCACGA